AUGUACCAAGGCAGAGCAAGAGCAGCUUCCGUAUCUACCAAUACACCCAGUGCUCCUCCUCCUUCUCAUAACCACAUUGGACGCAACGCAAUUCCAAUUUCACGUGCAGGUGAUCAUACCUCAACCUCUUUUGUACCAGCACCAUCAUUAUCCACUAGCGCACCUUCCGUCGGUCCCUCGUUAAUAUCAUUUUUUCAUGGGAAUUCACACGAUAGUCGCAGCAAAGAAUCUGUUCAUCUCCCUAUAGAUGUACCGCCUUCGACGAUUGGUAUAGAGUUUGAAGGUGGAACACAUGUAAUUAUACGUCCGGACCGUAUAAUAAGAGGUAGAGUGGUAUUGGAUUUACAAGAACGAAUUUUGGCUACACGGAUUCGGGUCAAGGCAGGUUACCCCACCAUAAUUUUGUUUAAAGGGGUAGAAUCGGCUAUGGUGAGAGUAGAUGAUACGAAUGGAGAUGGCAAGGGAGAAUGGAUUAAUCAUGCGAUUACUACAUACUUUGAGACCGAAUGGAAGUUGUGGGGGAAUGAUGGAUCAGCAUUUUCGCAGUGUGGAUGGGAUGAGAUGGAUGCAGGUCGAUAUACAUACCCUUUUGCAUUAAAGGUAAUUCCAAGAAUAUAUCGAUAUACUUUUUUUUAUAAUAUUUCAUUCCUUGCUCACAACGUAAUAUCAAAUGCGACCUUCAAAAAAAACAAGUUCCCAAAUUGUAAUUAUCCACCUAGUAUUGAAGAACCAGCAGGGUUCCAUAUACGAUUCAUUUGGUCUACUCAGAUUGAUGGUCCUGGCCUAGAAUCAAGCCUCAAGAGCAAAGAUUAUGUAACACCAUACAGACCAGUACUAAUAUCAACCCCUGAUAAGGAAUGGAUUUUCAAAUCCACACUGGUCAAGGACAGGCGUACACCUCUGGCCGAAGUACAAGCUAAAUUGGAUCGUCAAUCUUACUGCCCAGAUGAAGCCUGCGGAUUGCAGCUCACUAUUGCUAUUCUUCACGCUGACACCAAAUGCGUGGGAAUUCAAUAUAAAUUCCGCAAGCAUCACGAAGGAAAGAUGCUGGUUCAACAGGGAACCGCUUUUCGAGACCAUGUGCGCGUUGUUCUUCAAGGCACGGUUCCUUUCAAGGACACACAUAUAUCUGAGCACGUCGCCUUUAAGAUCCCCACUCGUCUCGUAUCGCCAUCAUUCUUAACUCGCCACACACGCGUUCGCUACGACAUCUUAUUUCAAGUUACUACUGCUCACGGACAUCUCUUCAAAACCAACCAUGUAUCCGAGUUUGCAAUUCCCAUCACAAUCGCAAACCUACCGUAUGAUCAGUUACUUCGUGUUCCACGAGCAACAAUGGUCGAGCACUAUCAAAACUCUGUAGCUAGUCCUUUCUUUUUUGAACCUUCAUUGGAAGAACCUCCAGAAGAUACAGAUGGAGAUAUUGAAGCUAUGGCAGCCAUUACAGAUGACUUGACUCGUACACCCGGAGAAGAGCCUCCGAGUUACUUUAGUCUUGAGCAACAGCCUUCUCAAUUUCGUAACAAAAGAGAGCGAAAAGAACGAACGGUGUAUUUGUCCAGAUCAGCAAAAGGCGUUCAUUUUGGUGUAGAUAUGGUAGAUGCCAAGGUGGUUAGUGGUAUAUAUGACGAAGAUUGGUAG